UCUCGGAUAGGUGGAGCCGCUCUCUGGCCCGCCUCUUUCCCCGCCCUGUGCUGCAGCCGGUUGGCCCAGGUGCGUGUCGGGUUGGGCGGCUCGGCCCCGGCGCUCGCCCCCGGGAAGGCAGCAGGGGCGGUUGAGAAGUGAAGUCUUGGCCGGAGUUUACUUCUUGCCAGGAGAUCCGCGGUGGUGGCAGCGGCGGCGGCGUUUCCCGGCGGAGCCGAGGCCGGCUGGCUCCCCGCUCCCUCAGCGGGCCGCGGAGAGCGGACCUGGCGCUGGGCUGCGGCGCUGGGAGCCGGUGCGCGCCCCGGGCGGCCGCGCUUUCCCAAACAUUUAAAAUGACCUGUGUGGAGCAUACCCUAUUUCUGUGAGGUAGCACUGGUGAGGGGAACUAGUCUCUGGGGAGCUCCGUGUCCCUGAAACCUUCCCUGAGGAAGUUGUCUUUGAACAGAUACCUGGCUGAGUAGGUGUUACACAGGGCCUGGUUUCUAUGUAUUUGAUUACUUCAGAUACCUCAUAACAAACCUUGAUUUUAGUCAAAUACAUCAGUGCCCGUUAAAGGAAACCAUACCUGAAGUGGAAGUCUAACGUAUGAGGAUACAGAAACUGCUUUGGUUGACUCAGAAUGGGAACCGCAAGUGAUGAGAUGGUGUCUGUGGAGCAGACCUCCUCCUCCUCCUUCAAUCCUCUGUGUUUUGAAUGUGGCCAGCAGCACUGGACAAGAGAGAACCACUUAUACAAUUACCAGAAUGAAGUAGAUGACGACCUGGUCUGCCAUAUUUGCCUUCAGCCUCUGUUGCAGCCACUAGACACCCCCUGUGGACAUACGUUCUGCUGCAAGUGCCUCAGAAACUUCUUACAGGAGAAGGACUUCUGUCCAUUGGACCGGAAAAGACUCCACUUUAAGUUGUGUAAGAAGUCUAGUAUUCUAGUUCAUAAGCUUCUGGACAAAUUAUUAGUGUUGUGUCCAUUUUCUUCAGUGUGCCAAGAUGUCAUGCAACGCUGUGAUCUGGAAGCACAUCUUAAAAACAGAUGUCCUGGAGCUUCUCAUCGGAGACUUGCCCUAGAGAGGAGGAAAACUGGUAAAACUCAGACAGAGAUUGAGAAUGAAAACGGAACCACUAUAAUAGAUCUACCAGGUACUUUAUCACCUGAAACGGACUGUUCAGGGACAGGCACGGAGCCUGCUGAGCGCAAUGUGACGUCGGCGUCUCUUCCUGCGUGGACUGAGGAGCCUGGCCUGGACAAUCCCGCCUUCGAGGAGAACGCAGCCACUGACACUACGCAACAGCCAGUUAGUUUACCGGAAGGCGAAAUUACCACGAUUGAAAUUCACCGGUCUAAUCCUUAUAUUCAGUUAGGAAUUAGCAUUGUGGGCGGCAAUGAAACGCCACUGAUUAACAUUGUUAUCCAGGAAGUCUAUCGGGAUGGGGUAAUCGCCAGAGACGGAAGACUCCUUGCUGGAGACCAGAUUCUUCAGGUCAACAACUGUAACAUCAGCAAUGUAUCUCACAACUAUGCCAGAGCCGCCCUCUCCCAGCCCUGCACCACGCUGCACCUUACCGUGCUGCGAGAGAGGCGCUUUGGGAACCGGACGUACAGCCACCCCGAUGGGAGCUCUCCACGGGAAGAGGUCUUCCACGUGGUCCUUCACAAACGGGACUCUGGUGAACAGCUUGGCAUUAAACUCGUACGAAGGACCGAUGAGGCAGGCGUUUUUAUUCUUGACCUGUUGGAGGGGGGGCUGGCUGCACAGGACGGAAGGCUGAGCAGCAAUGACCGAGUGCUCGCCAUCAAUGGACAUGACCUGAAGCAUGGGACCCCUGAGCUUGCCGCCCAGAUCAUUCAGGCUAGUGGAGAGAGGGUGGAUUUAACAAUUGCUAGACCAGGGAAAUCCCAGCCUGGUAACCCUGUCCGAGACGCAGGAGCUCAGAGUAGCAGCCAGCAUCAUGCACAGCCGCUGUAUAACAACAGACCCAGCUCACAUAAGGAUCUUACCCAGUGUGUUACAUGCCAAGAAAAACACAUUACUGUAAAGAAGGAACCACACGAGUCCCUGGGAAUGACAGUGGCUGGGGGCAGAGGAAGUAAGAGUGGUGAACUGCCCAUCUUUGUGACCAGUGUGCCACCUCAUGGCUGCCUUGCUCGUGAUGGCCGCAUCAAGCGAGGUGAUAUAUUGCUGAAUAUCAAUGGCAUUGAUUUGACCAAUUUAAGUCAUAGUGAGGCCGUUGCUAUGCUGAAAGCCAGUGCCGCAUCCCCUGCUGUUGUCCUGAAAGCACUUGAGGUCCAGACUGUUGAGGAGGCAUCCCAGGCCACCGAAGAGCAGCCCGGCACCUUCAGUGAGAAUGAAUAUGAUGCCACCUGGUCCCCAUCAUGGGUCAUGUGGCUUGGGCUUCCAAGUGCCCUUCAUAGCUGCCAUGAUAUCGUUUUACGAAGAAGCUACUUGGGAAGUUGGGGCUUUAGUAUUGUUGGUGGAUAUGAAGAGAACCACACCAAUCAGCCUUUCUUCAUUAAAACCAUCGUCUUGGGGACUCCUGCUUAUUAUGAUGGAAGAUUAAAAUGUGGAGAUAUGAUCGUAGCCGUCAACGGCCUGUCAACGGUGGGCAUGAGCCACUCCGCACUAGUUCCCAUGUUGAAGGAGCAGAGGAACAAAGUCACUCUGACAGUUACCUGCUGGCCUGGAAGCCUGGUGUAGGAUUUGAAAUCGGUUGUGAGUCGAACAUCUUCCUUUUUUAGGCUUUGGAAAGAAACCCCUUUCGUUGGAUUGUGUUUCUGCUUAGGAGCUACAGACACAGCUGAUGUUUGCAGGGCCCAAAACCACUGAGAUUGUCCUUUUGUUAUUAGUAAAACGGCUUUCCUCCAGUUAGCCACGUUUCUUUGAGCUUGGUCUUCCACUAACCCUUAUAAGCUCGUGUUUUCAAAAUUCAGACUCUCCGUUGUCAGAAUGUGACCUAAAAUAAUGAAAGAAGUGCGCGCGGGCUGCGGUCCAGCCAGCUGGCUUAGAGGGCUUGGGGUGGUCCUUGGUUUUCCCGGCCGAAUCACAGAGUGAGCCGGGUGCCCGAGCGCGGGAGCUGGUGGAGCCCAUGGCUGUGGCCCUCGCUGCCCCUGUUGCGGCCAGUGCCACGAAUGGAUACAUCUUCGUUUAGCUGUAGCCCUUUCCCGUUUUCUCCCCAUCAGUGCCAACGUUUCAGAACUUCAUACUGUUUAUAAAGUGGUAUUUCUGACUGUUUGGUGUCCCCUUUAAUUUCUUAAGGAAGUCUGACACUACUAAAGAGCUUUUUAAAAAAUAAUGUACCAUUAAUUAGAAUACUAGAUAAUCAAAGGUCACGUUUUCCAUUGACAGAGGCAUUUGGGAGGUAAUUAUAGUUUAGUGCUGGAGAUGGUAAAAGCCACACUUGCUUGCAGAAGUCCAGAAGCAUUAAAGAUUCCUUUCCAAAGGAAUGUUUUGUUAUGCAGGGAAAUUUUGAAGCAGAUUUUGCUAAAAUUCAUUUUCUAGAGUCUGUAUUGUACUUAUCAGCAGUCUUGGCUGGACAUGCUUUUUGUGAUUUCUGUAGUUAAACUAAAGAUAAAACCGUGUUGCUAUUCCACACACAUUCACCUAUAUCGCGGCUCAGUGUAGGAGAAGGUGUACUUUUUUUAUUUCAUUCCGAGAAGAGCCUUCAGUGUUCUAGAAAUCCUUAUUUUUUCCCCAUUAUUUCUUGUGAACUUAAUUAUUUCAAGAAAAAGACUGGAAAGUCCUGGAUUUUUAUCUAAAAUAGUAGGUUUUAGAUGUUAAUAUCUUUCAGUCAGUUCUUGGUCACGAGGCUAUUUCUUAUUUUUCUAAAUGCUUUUGAAAACUACAGCCAGCCCAUUUUGUUAGUCCUUCAUUCCACUUGAUUGUCCCUUGGAAGAACGCAUAAAGAAGCGAAUAAAAUCAAAAUUUCUUUACCUUCUUAAUGUUACGCAUACUUGAAAAGAGUUUCACUUAGAAACCUAGUUCAGAAUCUGAGCUCCUUGACAAGUGCCCUCUGUAAUAAAUGGUAUUGAUUAUCAGAGAAUGUAUUUCCAAAACACUACAGUAUAUUAUGAAGCAUGACCACUUUGUUUUCAAACUGGCAGUUGUAUUGCUGGGGCUUAUUGUGUCUGCAGCAUGUCACCGAUUAUUCCUGUUAGUUUUUUAGUGAUUUUUUUUUUUUUUUAAACAUACCGCUUUUGAAUAAAUAAGAAAUGGCAAUAGUAAUUGCUACUGAUUUGUCCAACCCCUUAGCUACACUGUACGGCCAACAUAUAUAACCAAGAUGCAGUGGAAUGCCCCAUACAGUAUAUUACUGUUACGUGAUUGGCUUUUGAAGCAAUUUGGUAUUGAAAUGCUUUGAUAUUCUAAUUGAUGUGGAACAAGUUUUUUUUUUCCUGCUCCCCAAAUAGAAAUUUUAUAUCCUACUUUGCUAUUUUUUUAAACAUUUUGUAAGAAUGUAUCAUUUCUUGGGGCGUGGCCAUCCAUCAACAAAUAUCCCAAUGGCUACUUUGUUGUAUAUAAAAUACUUACAUUGAACCUGGGGAUAAAAUGAGUAUUUUGAAAGAAGACACUUUUUUCGACUUUAUUUUUAUCAUGGAAAUCUCAGACUCAGCUUAAGCUAAUUUGGUUUUAUUACAAAACAUGAUAGUUUUUGGUCAGAAUGAUAUUUGGUGAUGGAAACUUGUUCAUAAUUUAUUGUUACUGUUGAAAUAUUUGAAUUUUCUCAUCUUAACGUAAAUAGUUCAAAUAUUUUGAUUUGUUCUGUGCCUUCGGUUUAAAUUAUUUCAGGAUUUUUCAAAUGUGUUUAAAUAAUGGUGUGAUCAUCAUUUAGGAUGGAAAUAAAAGUCAUCCUUCCAUACUAGUGAUAUUGUCUCUUUUCUGAAGCAGCAGACGUUGACUCAGUACGUGAUCUUUAUGUUUGUUCAUGGCCCAGCAGGCUGCCCACACCCUCAGUCCUGCUUCCACACACGCCUGUAGUCGCCCUUCUGUGCGUGGCCAGGGUGUGCCAUAUGGGGUGGGAGGCGUAGCUUGAACGCUGCCCAUCUAGCUUUCUCCGGCCCAUACUCCCCGCUUUCGAGAGAAUUCCCCUCCGUGUGAGGGUGAAUCUCCACAGGCCUCUAUCUGCCUUUAUAUGGCUCUGACCUAAGUACCCUCAGAGUUGUAAGUCCCGUCUGAUGCCACCUUGCAAUUCUGAAGGCCGCUCAUGCCCUGGUGCUGUGGCUCCCACAGUCUGCAGACUGAAGGCACCCAACCUCACUUCUGCACCCCGACUCUGUGUUUUCUCACGCGCUUAUCUAUCUCCACUCUCUCUCACUCUGAACUCUUAUCGGCAGCCUUUCUAAACCCUAACUUUAGGGGCGCCUGGGUGGCUCAGUCGUUGCACGCCUGACUUCGACUCAGGUCAUGAUCCCAGGGUCCAGGGAUCGAGCCCCGCAUCGGGCUCCCUGCUCGGUGGGAAGCCUGCUUCUCCCUCUCCCACUCCCCCUGCUUGUGUUCCCUCUCUCACUGUCUCUCUCUCUCUCUCUGUGUCAAAUAAAUAAAUAAAAUCUUAAAAAAACAAAAACAAAAACAAACCCUAACUCUGGUCAUUGCUCCGGGCAUUUCACUGUUGAGGGAUCUUGGCGCUGCAGGAAAGUCCCCUCACCAUCUGCCCCCACCCCCAUCUCUUACGUAACUUCUCCUCCCCACUCCUUGCCUCAUUUAAGAACUGCCACCACGCCUGUGCCUACGCGGGCUGACCUGGCUCAAGUGGCGUUACCUCUCUUUGGGAAAUCUUCACAAACCUCCUGGGGCUAGCCCUUUUUUUUCCUCUCUUUUAAAAGGUUUUAUUAAACUAUACUUUUAUGGUCAUGGAUGCAUACUAGGAAGAAGAAAAACUUGCAGGUAGGUGCUUGAUUAUCACUGUCUCUAGCAGUUUUUAAAAUUGGACAUUAAAUAUCAGAGAUUCUAUAUCUUCUGAAGAGCCCGGGUAUUCUAGAGGGAGAAUGUAGGCCUGGUGUCCUUUCUGUCCCAGGAUCUCCUCCAGGAUGCCACAUUACAUCUAGUUACGCCUCCUUGGGCUCCCCAUGCCAGGGCCAUUUUCUCAGACUUCCCUUCCUGAGGAGGACCUUGACAAUGUUGAGCACUGGUCGGGGAUGUUGUAGGAUGCCCUCUAUUGGAAUUUGUCUGCUCUUCCCCCCUCAUGAUUAGACUGGGGUGAUGCGUUUGCAGGUAAAGUGCCAUUCCCCUCAUGUACAGCAAGGCUGCCUACCAUCAGCAUGACCUGUGGCUGUUGGUGUUGACCUUGUCCACCUGGCCUAAGUAGAGUGUGUGUCGGGUGUCUCCACAGUAAAGUUGCUUGCUCUUCCCUCCGCACUGUCGUCUUUGGACAGAAGUCACUCUGCACAGCCCGCACAGGUGUGGACAAUUAUAUGCUCCACUUAUUUUUGAGCUGGUCAGCAGAACGAGAGGGUCUCUGGUGCUGCUUAGGGAGGCCUUGUGGGUGGAAAGACGGGAAUCCGGAGGACUUAGAGGGUUUAUUCUCUCAGGAUCCUGUGCCCUCACACUCCCAACCAGCUACUGCGCUUUCUCACGAAAAGACAAUGUGGUCUGUAGAUUCUAUUGCUGUAACUUCCAACCUUGGUUUCCAUUCUUUUUGUAUAUUGAAGCAGGCUGUUGCUUUAUGAUUCCUCAAGUGUUUGAAGCCUUAGUCAGAUAAGCAGAUGGUUUAAAUUUGAAGUUAACAAACCUGAAUUUCAGCUGCUAAGGGUACUUCAGCCUGUACAUCAUGCCGAAAGCACCCAUGCGAUAAUACAUCAAGGUCCCAUUAAUUCAGACUUAACUAAUUUGGAAUUUGAAAGCUUAAACAGAGUUGCAGUUACCUUGGCACUUUAUAUAAAGAAUGAGUAUCUUAAGUCAACAUUUAAAAAGUGAGAGUGGGAUAUCUAAGCUGCAUCUGAAGUAUACAGUUUCCAAGUCGCCUUAAGCACUUGAAUACCCAGGCCCGUUCCAGUGAUUGGUAGUUCUCUCUCCCAUGUAGUCAUGUAAACAAGAGUCCACCUAGCACCUACUGUGUGCAUGACACCUAGGCUCUGGAUCACCUCUUUGUAAUGCCUGAUUUCAUCUUUCAUAAUUCACACCUUCCAUUUGUCCCUAUUCAGUGAUAAAACCGUGUAGGUUACAUGGCAGAGUGAACUGCUGCCCGGUCACAGGCCAGGAAGUCAGGAAGCGAGCUCCUUCUCUGAAAUCUCUCUUCUCUGCCUGCUGAAUGGAAGGUUUCAACUCCUCAGGGUCCUUAUUAGAAAGCUCUGGCCAUUUUACAGUGUAAAUCUCCACUGAACGAUGCUAGCAAUUUCUACGGCAACACAAAAGCUCUUUAGAAGUAAAGUUGAACAUGUAGGCGCAGGGCCUACGGGCUGUAAAUCACCCAAGGUGAGAGGUGCUGAAGUGCGGAGUACACUGGAGCCCCUGAAGACGUAGCACCUCCCCGCACACAGCAGAAGGGCAGGCCUCCAGCCAGAAGGGUGACCUGCGGAGGUGCUGAGCGCUCCAAGAUUUCCGUUUGAACCCUAACGACUCGCCUGCACGUCAUGCUUUGAAGUUGGGCUGUUUUGCAAAUUCCUACCAGUACGUUCGCUUUGUUCCUCAAAAGUUUUCAGUUUUAAGGGUGUAUCCAACAACAACCCUUCCUUGAA